AUGUGGACAAUUUCGAUUAAUUCUGCUAUAAAUAAUGGAGAGAAUGCACAUUAUGAUGAAAGCUGUUCCUCAACCUUAGCUUCAACCUUCUCCAAUGGAGGUAGAAAUCCGGAAAGUGGAGUAGCCACAACAGAUUUAUACGGUCGCUGUACUCGCUCACAUUCUGGCACUUCUGCAGCUGCUCCAGAAGCUGCUGGCGUUUUUGCUUUGGCUUUGGAGGCAAAUCCGAAUUUGAGUUGGAGGGACUUGCAACACUUGACUGUUUUGACUUCUUCACGUAAUUCUUUAUUUGAUGGACGUUGUCGUGAACUUCCACCUCUAAACCUCAAAGGAGUUACUAGACAAUUAUACAAAGGUUUACCAAACUGCUCACAUUUUGAAUGGCAAAUGAAUGGUGUUGGGUUGGAAUAUAACCAUUUAUUUGGUUACGGAGUCCUCGAUGCAGCAGAGAUUGUUUUAAUGGCAAAAGUAUGGAAAACAAUGCCUCCACGUUUCCACUGUGAAGCUGGAACAAUUGAACACCCUACCAGAAUUCCACCAACUGGAGAUUUAGUUUUAGAAUUAAAUACUGAUGCUUGUGUUGGGACUUCUACUGAAGUUAACUUCUUAGAACAUGUCCAGGCAAUCGUCUCAUUAAACACUUCCCGACGUGGAGACACAACUUUAUAUUUAAUUAGUCCAAUGGGAACACCUUCAAUGUUGUUAUCCCGACGCCCAAAAGACGACGAUUCUAAAGAUGGAUUUACGUAA